AAGUUUUAGUGGACACAGGAGUUUCAACAGAGAAAAUGGCCGACGAAAAUAACGGCGAACAGGACUUGGAGGGGAACAAAGACGAUGUACUCCUCGUAGUAAUUGAUGAAGAAGAAUUCUGCGUCAAGAAGGGAAAGUUGACACAAGAGAGCGGCUACUUCUCCGCCAUGAUGUCUUCUGGGAUGAGGGAAAGUUGUGAGAACAGAGUGGAGCUGCACGGUGUGUCGUCUGAAGCCUUCAAAACCAUUUUAGACUUAUUCAGUACAAGACAAAUGCGAUUUGACAAGGUAGGGCCAGAAGAGAUUUUAGAAACAGCAGUAUUCCUUCAAAUGGACGGAGUUAUCAACUACAUGAGACGCGCCAUGAAGAUAGAAACAUGCGUGAGGUGCCUCCGUGUGGCGAAAAAGCACUACCUAGCGGACUUGGAGAAAGCUGCAUACAUGUUCAUGAGAAAGAACUACCUGGCUCUGCUACAGUCGAUGGAGUACAACGGACUGACGGAGCAAGAAAGAGAUCAACUGGUAGCACUGAGGUACGAGCCACAAGAGUUCAUCUGUGCGGUAGGAACCUACAACAACACCCAACAGGACAACAUGGAAACCCCACGGUCUCUCUACGUCUUCGACCACUUCGAGCAGAAGUGGGGCCCGAUCUGUCCCUUCCCGCCCUCCCUCUGUACCGACGGCUGUUCCGUCGCCAUCGUUCACAACUUGCUAAUCGUCCUGGGAGGUUUUACGUCCAAACAUCGCAAGGAACUUCAGAAGGAAGCGUUUUGUUACGAUCCGCUGUACAACACAUGGGCAUCGUUUCAACACCCGCGCGUUCUGAGAGCCCACUGCGGAUUGGCUGGAAUAGAUGCUGCCAAUGUACUGUACGCGGUUGGCGGAUGUACAAUCCACAAAAAGACUGGCUCGGACGAACACGAGUUGGUGGACCUGUGCUCAGUGGAGCAGUACAGCUUCAGGACCGGUAGGUGGCGUGACGCACCCAGACUACCGAGGCCCAUGCUGAACGCAAACCUGACCACCUGCCGAGGGGCGGUCUACACUAACAUCGCUGUACCUGGGGGAGAAGUCAUCUAUAGACUUAUCCCAGGAUCGGCUUGUUGGGAAGAGAUCUCCAGAAUCCCCCAGGUUCGCUUCGUCUUCAAUAUGACGUCAUUUCGUCAGAACAUUUACCUCAUUUGCGGGUUUCUAAGGGAGUUUGAGAGCGACCCCCUGUGUUUUAACACGGAAACGGGCAAAUGGAACUACCUCUCUAGACCCCCGCUGGCGAAAAGAAGUUACGUGGACGAUCUAACAGUUUUGGACGACAAGUACGGUUACAAACUGUAUAUGGUGAGUCAGAACUCCACGCAGUGGUGUGACCUGGGGACGAGGGAAUGGCAGUACACCGGGCUACCAGGGUACCCUGGGUCCGGGUUCACUAGAGUUCGUACUCUCCAUCUGCCAAUCACCCAUUUGGUGCAUCUACGAUACUGAUGAGGUAAAGUUAAGUAUAUAUAUUGU